ACUUAUACUGGUGCGUAUGCACUUUCAUGACCAGUUCGUUAGUCAAUCGUGUCGUUUACAUCCGACGUGUGUUAAAUUAUUAUUAAGUAAUUUAAUUAGUGAUUUUUAUAUUGUGUUGUAUUAGUUACCAUUCUAAAAUUUUGGAUAUCCUAUUUAUUUUAGUUUUUUUACAUUCCAAUAAACUAAUUCAAAAUGUGUGACGAAGAAGUUGCUGCAUUGGUAGUAGACAAUGGAUCUGGUAUGUGCAAAGCCGGUUUCGCUGGAGAUGAUGCACCCCGUGCUGUAUUUCCAUCUAUUGUCGGUCGUCCCCGUCAUCAGGGGGUCAUGGUUGGAAUGGGACAGAAAGACAGCUAUGUCGGAGAUGAAGCUCAAUCUAAGAGAGGUAUCCUUACUUUGAAAUAUCCAAUUGAACACGGUAUUGUGACAAAUUGGGAUGAUAUGGAAAAAAUUUGGCAUCAUACUUUCUAUAAUGAAUUACGUGUAGCUCCAGAAGAGCACCCUGUUUUGCUCACUGAAGCUCCUUUGAAUCCAAAAGCUAACCGUGAAAAGAUGACCCAGAUUAUGUUCGAAACCUUCAACACCCCAGCCAUGUACGUUGCAAUCCAAGCUGUACUAUCAUUGUAUGCUUCUGGUCGUACCACUGGUAUUGUAUUGGAUUCUGGUGAUGGUGUUUCCCACACUGUACCAAUCUAUGAAGGAUAUGCUUUACCACACGCCAUCCUCCGUUUGGAUCUUGCUGGUCGUGAUCUCACUGAUUACCUGAUGAAAAUCUUGACCGAAAGAGGUUACAGUUUUACCACAACUGCCGAACGAGAAAUUGUUAGAGACAUCAAAGAAAAGUUAUGUUAUGUUGCAUUAGAUUUUGAACAAGAAAUGGCUACAGCAGCAUCUUCCAGUUCAUUGGAAAAAUCUUAUGAACUUCCUGAUGGACAAGUUAUCACCAUUGGAAAUGAAAGAUUCCGUUGUCCAGAAGCUUUAUUCCAGCCAUCUUUCUUGGGUAUGGAAGCAUGUGGUAUUCAUGAAACUACUUAUAACUCUAUCAUGAAGUGUGAUGUUGAUAUCCGUAAGGACUUAUACGCUAACACUGUAUUGUCAGGAGGUACUACAAUGUACCCAGGAAUUGCUGAUCGUAUGCAAAAAGAAAUCACUGCUCUAGCACCAUCUACCAUGAAAAUCAAGAUCAUUGCCCCACCAGAACGUAAAUACUCUGUAUGGAUUGGAGGAUCAAUCUUGGCUUCUCUAUCUACCUUCCAACAAAUGUGGAUCUCCAAACAAGAAUAUGAUGAAUCUGGCCCAUCUAUUGUACACAGAAAGUGCUUCUAAUCACUUUAUUUAUUUAUUUUCCUAUAAACUUUGUAUUUUUUAUUUUAACUUCUUUUUUUAUAAGAAUCAAAAUUAUAUAAAAAAAAAUCCGUUGCAUUAGGCGUUACAUUCCACUAAGUUGUUUACAGCUCAAAGCAUUCCUAGAUCAUAGCUCGUUUGCUUUUGAUUUAUAAUUUUUAUACUGACUGAAAAGAGAAUAUAAUUAAAUGUAUUUAUUUGAUAAUUA